UAAGCCAUUUUAAUAAGCCUAUGUUCAUUUUUCUUUCCUUUCAGAAAUUGGUCGACCUUGGAGCCACUGACCUGUUGGUGCCUGGAAUUCUCCCGAUCGGAUGCUUCCCAUUGUACUUGACGCUCUACAACACCAGCAAGAAAUCAGACUAUAACGCACGGACCGGGUGCCUCCGUAGAUACAACCGUCUCGCCUUCCAUCACAACAGGGAGCUCAAGCAGCAGCUGGAUGAGCUUCAGAAGAAGUACCCAAAGACAAAAAUCAUGUAUGGUGAUUACUUCAAAGCGGCAAUGCAGUUUGUUGUGAGCCCUGGAAAAUUCGGUUUCAGCACAGCUUUACAAGCAUGCUGCGGCGCUGGAGGGCAGGGCAGCUACAACUUUAACUUAAAGAAGAAGUGCGGCGAGGCAGGCGCAAGCGUAUGGGACCCACUAGUCAGUGUGAAUGCAAAACUAAAUAGGGGCUGA